CACUAUCCCCUCCCCAACGGUUAUGGUCCUAGAAGGAUUUGAGAAUUCUCAAACACGGGAGACACGAGUGGUUAUCUCUGAAAUUCAACUCAUCAUGAAGCACGAAUAAUAGACAAAAUAGCAUAUAAAAAAUAACUCCGCUCGAAAAGACGAGCUAUAGAAAUGUAAAUCGCGUGACGUUCGAUUCGAUCUAAUCACCAAAAUGUCCAGCGACGGAGAUUUACCACCUCAGCCACCAAAAAGAAGACGACUUGCUAUUUUGGACAGUGACAGCAGCGGAGGAUCCGGCGUAGCUAGAGCACACAGAAAACGUCGUGUUUUCAGAGUCUUCAGCGAUCCGGAUAGUACGGAAGACGACGACGACGACGUAGUACCAAAACCUGUAAAUCGUAGAAAAAAUUAUAGAGUUAUCAGCGACAACGAAGCGAGUUACAGCGAUGAUUCGGACACAGAAGAUUAUUCUCGAAGCGGCGAGGAAAGUACGAGUUCGGAAUGGCAAUCGGAUUGGGAAAGUGCGUCGGAUGAUUCGGAGGAAGAGGAGCAGCGUCUCGGACGGCGUUACGAAUCAUCGAAAUCGUUGAAGAAGAGGAAGAAAGAGAAGGAAGAGAGGCUAGAAGAGGGGGAGGGGGGAACGGCGGUGGCAGCUGGUCUCGAUUCGGACGCGAGCGACGGACAAUCAGAAAAAUGUCCUAUAUGUCUUUUGGCAUUCGGUAAACAACGCGUCGCAACUCCCUCUUGUUGCGAGCAUUGCUUCUGUCUUUUGUGCCUCAUGGAAUGGAGCAAAAAUAUAAACACCUGUCCUGUCGAUCGUCAGGUUUUCACUUCGCUCCAUGUUCGAGAUAAAUUGGGUGGCAAGGUGAAGCGACAAAUACCCGUUGAAAUGAAGUCGAAUAUCGAAGAACUUGUACAGGAAGAUCCUACUUAUUGCGAAGUUUGUCAUCAGUGCGAUCGCGAGGACCGUAUGUUGCUCUGCGACGGUUGCGAUCUUGGUUAUCAUCUCGAGUGUCUAAAUCCACCGAUGCACCAAGUACCAAUGGACGAGUGGUAUUGUCCGGAUUGUUCUCGCAACAGUCAGGACGACGCGGAAGUAGUUGAUAUCGAUCUCGAUGAAAUAUCGGAUUUGAUGGCCGAAGCUCGUGGUCUCGGUUUGUCUUAUGGUCGUACGCGUACGGGUAUACCUAACGAAGCAACGUCAAAUUUUGGGCCUCAUCGUAUGAUACCGCGAACUCGUCAAACGGAGCGUGUAAGGGCAAAUAUUCGGGCAGAUCGAGAUCGUACUCGCGAAGCUCGUCAAUCCUACCGUAAUGGCGAUGGUGAGGCAAGAUUCGAUCCCGAACAACCCUCGACUUCGUCUUCCGGUAUGGAUUCGAUUUCAGAAAACGGUCGUAGUACUACGGAAACGCGAACAAGAACGAUGUUCGGAGAAGCGAGUAGCGGUAGGAGGAAUAUUAUGGAUAUGGGUAUGCCGACUUCAUCUCGGAGCAGUCGUCGCUCGAUUAAAAGUACGCGUAAAUCGAAGAAACGAAAACGCAGAGUUACGGAGAUACCGUCGGGGAACGAGCGAAUGGUCCGUCGAGUACGUAUUCGCGAGUUCAACGACGACGGUGAGGAACAUGAAAUCGUCACAUACGUUAACGUUGCUCCAGUAUCCACCAAGAGACGGAAGAAACGAGGCAAGAAAUCGCGCAAGAAGCGAAAAGUAAAACGCGCCCGCACCGUGUCCUCGAUGGCAGCAGCAAUGAGCACGGUAAAAAAACGUUUGGCGAAUACCUUAGGAAUAAUUACGCCGAGCGGACGUCAUGAUCUAGCCGGUCCUAGGGUGAAAGUGCGCAAAGAACGGAGCGAGCGUGGUGAUUUAAAUGAUUCGAGAUUCCGUGCUGGAAUCACUCAAGUCAGUAUUCUUGGUAACAACCUCGGCCUCGACUACAGCCCACCAGGGUCGGACGAAGAGAUCGAUGACAGAGGAAUAUCGGGGAAUGGCCCGAUAAUCGGUGCGCAUCGUCGUUCGGCGUUGUUAUCGACGAGACGUCGCGUUGCUCUCAAAGGAAUCAUUGAAGAAAAUCCAAUGGGCAACGGUGGUGAUAUUGUUAGUGGCGGUGGUAAUGGUGUCGGUCGUGGUGCCGGCGGUUACGGUGGCGGGUGUUGUUCCGACAUGAGAAAAACGGAGACGACGACAUCGAGGACGAGCGAUUCCCCUAUUAUAAUCGAUCUUAUUGGUACGAUUAUCGAGAGUCAAGAAUUGUGGCAUUCGCGAAGAAAAACGGAUGUUACGCUUAAAGCCGACGGAACGUUGGUGAUCGAGUCGAAAAAUCAUGAAAACUCGCAUAGCAUAAACAACAACGAAAGUCCAGUGAAGAAGAAAGAUGUGACGUUGCCGAUGUUGAACAGUGAACCACCGCUCGAGCUGUCUGGCGUCAGUCCGAACGCCAUAAUUCAAGCACCCAUGUACAGUAAUCCACGCGGGGGUGGUAACAGAGGAAAUUUCCGAGGUGGUUAUCGGGAUGGUUCGCGACAUAGUCAAGGCAGUAAUCAAAGUGGUAGUUACGGUGGGCGUGAUUCGUACGCGGGUGGUGGAAGGCACAGUUACGGGGGUACGGGAGGAAUGCGCGACAAUUUUGCCAACCGAGAAUUUGGAGCGAUCGCAAAUUACAAUCAAAACUUUGAAUUCCGUGGAGCCGGCCCUUUUGGUGGUGGUGGCACGCCACCAUUUAGAAAUCGUAAUCCACAGCAUUUUCGAGCGGAAAGACUCCGUCCGCCCUCGAUGUCCGAGAGACCGCCGAUAUUCUCAUCACCAAUGGAUCCGAUUAAUCACGAACGGCCGCCGCAUCUACCGGGUUUUCCUCAUCACAAUCGUUUUACCGGUCCGAGACUGGGUUUAGGACCGCCACCGGGUCCACCACCGGGACCACCACCCGGGACGCAUUCAAAUAUGCCGGGUUCGCUUAUUACGAGACCUCCACCUCCGCCUCCACCACCGUCACCGGGCGGCGUCGUCCCCGCCGCUGCCGUCGUUAACAGCACCAGCACUAACACCAUCACCACCACCACCGCCACCACCACCAUCACCACCAUCACCGCCACCACCGCCACCGCAACCGCCGGUACGACCGCCACCACCGCUAUUACCAACCUAUUACACAUCGUCGAGCCAACUAAGGACUUCCGUCAGGAUUUUCAUACUCCGCCACCGCGAAGCAACAAUCACGAAGCAACAGCUUUUGCUUCGCAGUUGCAACAAUCGCCUCCGCCGCCUCCGUCAACUGGAAAUACAGCGAGCGCUGACCCAACGACUCCGGAGCAUCCCGACUCCCGAGAGGAGGAUGAUUGUGAUAUAUAUUGCGACAUCGAGACCGGUAACAAAUCUGACGACGAUCAAUUUCCCGAAAAACAACCAUUGGCCCGUGAGAACGACGACGGGGGUGGUUCGAUCGCGCUUCUACCCCCUCCUGAGCCACCCUCCGGCCUUCUUGAUUUCGAGGAUAACUCCAAAAGCGAUAAGGACAAUGACAGCGAUCAAGAUCUCGUGAUCGACGAUACUCCGCUCAAAGACGAACGGGUUUUGUUGUCGGGUGGUGGUCAACGAUGCGACGACAAGUACGAUCCUUUUGCUGCUGACAGCGACACAAACGAGGAGGAAGACGACGAGAACGAGAAGGACCCGGGGAAAAACAGUGUUGGAGAAAAGCUUGAAAAAGAGAAGAAAAAAAAGAAAAAAUGCCCCGAUGAAAGCGGCAGCAGUGGAGUUUUGAAUCCGCCACCUUUGCCCCCCAUAUUUCCCGGCGCAACCAAUCUCCGGCGUGACAAAUCUGGGUCGAAUCCUCUUUUGCGGUUGACCGCUUACGACGUUGGCGAAGAUGAAGAGGAGGAAGAAGAAGAAGAAGAGGAAGAGGAGGAGAAGAUGAAGAUGAAGGAAAAGAAUGAUAGCAACGACAUAGGCAAAGACAAGGAAAAAAAUGGUGACCGUGAGGGCAACGGCGGUGGCGGUGAUGACGACGAUGACGACGGUGUUGAUUCGCAGAACGACUGUCCCAACUUUUCAAUCUACUCCUCGGAAACAAUCGACGUUGCUAGACACACCGAACAACAAUUGUCUCAACAGAUCGGGCCGCUUGAGCCACCCCCCCUGCCUCCCGAUAUGCCGGACGACGACGAUGUGAUCGUCGGUGACGUGCAGAGCUGCGAUCUCGCUGAUAUUCCCGAGCCCUCCGAUCCAUACGUCGAAGCCUUGAGAAAAGAGAGACAGACCCUCAGUCGUAUACCACCGAAAAAAAUCUCUAACGAUUCCCGUGGAAAGAUAACCUUUAAAAUUGGUAAUAAAUUCAAGCUUAACAACAAACUGAGCAAUCUUUACGACGAGCUCGAUGAAAAUAUUCAGGUCUCGAUAGAGCAGGAAAAAGAGAUCGAGGAAAAGAGAAAAAUCUUACGACCGAGCGCACCGGAGGAUAGUACUGAAAAGAGAAGGGAUGUCGACAACGCGAACAAGGAAGAUGAAAUAUGCCGUACGAGCGAUAAUAAGGCCACUACUAGGUCCGAAACGAAGGGAAGGUCGAGCGAGGAGGAGGAGGAGGAGGAUGCAACGGGAAGAGGUUUAAAAAACAAGUGGUUGUUUGAAAAAAAUGAUGGAAAGAAAAAGGACGAUAUAACGAAUUGGACAGCGGUGGCAACAACUCCGGCGGCCGAACAAUCGAGCAACACAAAAGUUGACAGGAAAGAAGACGAAGAGACGGAUAAUCGAAUCAAUGCCGGGGAAAUUUCAACGAGCGAAGAACGCGACCAUAAGAAUCGAACUGAACCGGACGAUUGUUUGGCCAUGUCGACCAUAGAUCUCACCGAAAAGAGUUCCGAUACGAUAAUCUCCAUAGCGGAAAGCGUACCGCCACAGAGCGCAAUGUCGCCGAGAAAGCAUCGCUCGAGUCAACAACACAGCCGACACCAUCGAGGUCUCUCGAGUCCAAUCAACGACAAAGAAAAAACACAAACGACGAGACAAUGGAAAUCGUUGGCUUGCGAAGGACGAUCGAGCGAGGAAGAUGAAAAAUUACGAGGAUAUCAAAGCGACGAGGAUGGUAACGAUUUGGCGAGAAGGAGCGUCGCCGCUGAUGCCGAUACCGGUAUAAACAGUCGAAUAAGGAAAAUUCGUAAAUUACGGAAACGUUCGAGUCGCUUAGACAGAUCGUCUCGCAGUGAACACAGCGAUACGGAGGAUGAGGAAGAGGAGGAAGGAGAACGCAGCAGUGAAAACGAAGAAGGCGGUGGUGGUGGGGGUGGUGGUAGUAGUAGUAGUAGUAGUAGUAGUAGUACGAAAAAGAAUCGAGCGAAAGAUUCGUGUUCGAGCAGUUUGGAUCGUAAUCGAGCAGGUGCGAGUUCCUCGUUCGACGUCGACGACGAAACAGAAAAUUUUCCACUAGAAAAAGAGGAGGGAAUCGUCGUGGUUGUUGGAGAUUCAAAAGAAAAAGGAAACGAAGAAAACGGGGAUGGUUGGGAAUCGGAGGGUGCUUAUACGCCUUGUAAGGAUGAAAGGCCGAUCAGAGAACAGCAGCAGCAGCAGCAGCAGCAGCAGCAGCAGCAGCAGCAGCAGCAGCAGCAGCAGUAUGAGCAUCUGCAACAACAGCGGGAAAAGGUAGCUGCUCCGUCCUUGUCUCCUUUUGAGAGCGGUUUGGAGCCGAUUACCCCGCCAAAGGAUCGUUCAAACGAUGAUCUCGACGUAUGUCGGACCCCCGUGGGUUACGCUGGUCUUGGUACCGAAGCAAUUUCCGAAACCGACGAGGCCAUGAACUUUGAGGACGAACUGACGUUGCUCAGUUUGCGGAAAGAGAAAGAAAUGGAAGAGGGCGAGAUUACCGAGGACGGCAAAUUAUUAUCCAAGAAACAUUCGGCCGGGAAAUCCGCAGACAGCGAGGACGCCAAGCGGAAGAGAAAUAAAAAAGAGAAGAAGGAAAAGAGCAAAGAGUCAGAAAAGAACAAAGAAAAUAUAGCGUCGGAAAAUCAAGUAGCUUGGAAGAAAAUAUCAAAGAGCACCAGGGAUCGGCAAUAUCGGGACAAGGACAAACGUUCGAGAUCGCGCGAACGUGACAAGAAUAAGCCAAAGAAAAAAUUCAAGGGAUCCGCAGGAGGGACGGGGACGACGAGUACGACGACGGUGAUACCGGGAAGUACGGGAACGGGAACGGGAACAACGAGCGGCAGGAAAAAAGAAAAAAGGAAAGAACUCGCUCGUUACGACGUAAGGAAAAUCGUGGCGGAAAAGCCAGCGAGGCCGCGGAAAGACGAGUACGGGCGCGACAUACGGGAUUACUCGCGGAGCAAGUCACGCGGUUCUCGUAGCUUAUCCCGUCAGCCGAGCCUCCUGUCGAGGGACCGUCGCUCGCGUUCGUACUCGCGGAUCCGCUCGAGAUCGCGCACAAGAUCCCGGCAACGCCGCUCUUCGUGGUCUCGGGAUCGUAGGUCGGUGUCCAAGGGACGAAGAUCUUUUUCGAGAAGGCGCUCCGUUUCACGGACGACGAGACGGAACAACAAACGUUCAAUUACACCGAGACGAUCGUUUUCGAAGAGACGCUCGAUAUCGCGCAGGCGGGGUAGCUCAAAGUCACCGGUAAACCGACGGAGACGUUCGCUUUCCGGCAGGCGUCGGCGUAGAUCAUCCUCGAGGAAGCAUCGUUCGCGCUCCCGCGAAAAGAGAAAAGACAAAACAAAGGGGAAACACAAAUCGCGAAGUCGUUCCCGAAUACGAAAGCGCACGCGUUCGAAAACUCCAACGAGCAAGCGAUUGAGCUCCAAGUCACGGGACAAGAAACACACCAAGAGAAAAAUCCAACAUAGCCGAUCGCGCUCGAAGCAUCGCUCUUUAUCGAGAGAACGGGAUCGUAAUAGAAAUUGGAACGCGGCGAAUGAAAAGCAAAUGGAGAGGGAUCGCAAUUUUUCACGAGAAAAAGAUGUUAAUCGCGAAUCAUGGAGCGCUCAAUGGACUCCCUCUUGGUCGAGAUCCAAUUCCCCGAUCGUUAAUCAACAUCAAGAUUUGGGUGUGCACGCGACGUCGUGGUCACCACCCGUCGCUCUCGACGGCUCCAACGUUCCGCCCAAAAAUCUCACCGUUAUACUCACCAAUAAAGAAGCGGUUAAGAAGAAAAAGAAAGAAAAAAGGAAAGAGAGUAAGAAAGGACGCGGCGGUGGCGAAACGGAGAGACGGAAAAAGACAAAACGAACCAAAACACCGCCACCCUCGAAAGAAGUUUUUGCCAGCGGUGAUAACAUAUUGGUAAGCGUGUGUUUCAAUAAAGAUAAUGAAACAUCGAUGGCCACGGGCUUGCCGGAAUUGCCCGAAACGAUACCGUUGUUGACAACGAGCAAACGACGCAGACGAGAACCACCGAUACAAUCUAUCGAGCCCCCUAAAAAACCCAAGAGAGAUCGAACGAAAGAAAAACGUGCCAAGUCACCCAAACAGCCGGCUUGUAGUAGCGGUGCUCCCGGUGGUGCUCCCAGCGGAGCUAAGAAGGAGAGAAAGAAAAAAUCCAAAGCGGCUGAAAUCGCAGCAACGAAAAAGCCAGUUGCGGUAAUCGAUCUCGAUCAAUCACCCUUUCGCGAGCAAACACCUUCGCCUCGGGACGUUAUCGUUCUCAGCGACGAUGAUGACAAGCUGGUACAACAAAUGGCUACACCGGAACAACAUUCUUGUUCGGCCAUUCCCCACGAGCAUGAUCAAUUCGUCGUUUCGCAAGGCCCGAAAACUCCUCCCGAGCCACAAAAUAAAUUUUCCAUACCAGGUAACAAAGUUAAUAAUCUUCGAUCAUCCUUGAUGAAUCCAUUACUGGAGGAGGAGGAGGAGAUUGGAGAGCAGGAAGAGAUUGAUCGGAGAGUCGACGAAGAGCUGGAGAUGAGAGCCCAAGAGGAAUUGGAACUUCGAUUGAAAAUAGGUCCUAAUACACCCCCCGAACCACCUUCCUCGCCGCCGACAUCGCCCGAUGCAUACGAUCCCUUUGAUCCUACUAAAUCACGAUCGCCGACGCCAACCGCCAGUCAAGACGCGACCUCAAACGACGACCGGGAUAGAAAUCAACGUAACAAUUCACCGAGGAAGCAACAGCAGCAGCAGCAGCAGCAACAGCAGCAGCAGCAGCAGCAACAACAACAACAACAACAACAACAACAACAACAACAACAACAACAACUGCAGCAGCAGCAGCAGCAACAACAACAACAACAACAACAACAACAACAACUACUACAACUACAACAGCCAAUACAACACGAGGCUGAUGAUGAAAAUUUAGUCGGAAUCGAUAGUGCACAAACACAGGAUAACGUUCAGAGCAAUGAUAAACAACCGAUUGAAAAACCAAAAAUUAUAUCAAUGGUGACACUGAAGCGCGCUUCGCCGAAUCGCGAUGCAUCGCCCGUUAUCAUCGACAAUCAGACGGAAAGUGUACAGGUAUCGGAAAACUUGGUACUAACCAAGAUGCAACAAAAUCAACAAAUCGUACAAUCAAUAAUUAAUCCUUUCGCAACGAUCAAUCCUGUAUUGGCGACCGUCGCAGCUGCUGUACAAAGAAGCGCUAUUUUCAAUACCAGCACUCCAAUUAUCGGCCAGAGAAAUCACCAACAGGCGAAUCGAAUUUCCCCAAAUACUCAAAUGAAACAACGUGCGAUUGACAGGCCGCAAUUACCAAAUUUAUUUGCCAAUGCCCCGAAGCCGAUACCAAUCCGCAUGCAAAAGAGCUUACAACAUAAAAAUCUUUCGACCGCCGGGCAAAACGGAAGCGAUGCGAAUCUUGAAAUGACCAACGAUACCGUUAUUGACAUGUCAUCUCCUUACUCACCGGGUUCGAGUCUCAGCGACGGUAUUUUCGAUCCACCGAGUCCUGGUGGCGGUGGCGGUGGCGGCAAUAAUAACGUCGUCUCUUCCCCGCUUAAUGUAGCGGGUGGCAAUAAUAAAAUGCUCGCCUCCAAAAAUAAAUCCAACGAGAAGAAGGAUGCUUUCGAUUCGCUUUUCGGUAGUUCUCCAGCGAUGAAAGCGGGCAAGACGACAAGAGGCAGCAGAAAAAUCGUGGAAAGAGAAAAGAGAAGCAAAAAAUCUACCAAUCCAAAAGUUGGUGUGCGCAUGGAUGAGAAUCAAUUGCAGAUUUUGGACGAUCUUCCAAGUUCAGCCGUGGAAAUGCAGGUAAAGGACAAGUUUUUGAAGAAACUCAAUCGCCAAGAGAGGGUCGUUGAAGAAGUCAAAUUGGUCCUGAAGCCUCAUUACACGAAAAAACACGUGACGAAAGAGGAAUACAAGGAUAUUAUGCGAAAAGCCGUGCCGAAGAUAUGUCAUAAUAAAACGGGCGAGAUCAAUCCUAAAAAAAUUGCUCAGCUCAUCGAAGCUUACGUGAGAAAAUGUCGUUCUGGUAAGAAAAGAAAACUACCAACGCUCCCAGUCAAUUCAACAGGAAAAACUGUCAAGCCCGCGAAGAAUCUAUGGAGCUGAUCGUGCGACGAAAAUUCUAGAAGCACAAGUAUUUCUUCGACGAUAGGAAAAUCCUGGAAACGUGAAUAAAAAGUAAACUUGGAAUGCGGAAUGGAUGAAAGAGAAGGAGAGAUGAAGAAGAGCGAUAGAGUACUACGAUAGCAAACCGGCUAAUUGUGUCCGGUCAUCAUUAACAUUUAUUUCUCCUUCAUCGACCGAACAAUGUGUAUUCUGUGUACAUACCUAAACUGAUUGAAUUUAAGCGCAAUAUUUGUAUUUAUCCGUAUGCAGUAGUUUUCACGCGAACGUUUGCAGUUCGUAUAAUGAGUGAAAUUCAUUGUUAAUUUUAUUACAUAGUCUUAUUAUAUGAUAAUUAAGGUAGUUCACAAUCGUCUUAUUGUAAAAUUACAGAAAAUUAAAAGCAAGCGAGAGAGAGAGAGAGAGAGAGAGAGCGCUUGAGCUGUGUGUGUGUGUGUGUGUGUGUGUGUGUGUGUGUGUUGUAUAGUAGCACGUGUCGCCAAGUACCGAGACGAUCAUAAUUCUUCACUACUACAUCGCGUGCGGAGAGAUGUUUAGCUGAAAAUGUUGGUAGCGCGCGUGGAGAAUCUUUUUAAACGUACACAAUCGCAAAGCAAUACUCAAUAUCCUGUUGGUUUUUUGUUUCUCAUUAACAGUGGUUGAUAUUCUUCGCGAUUCAGCAAACCUCACCCGUGCCCUGAUGAUGUAUUAUUUAAUUUCUAAAAAAACUGGAUAGAAAAAAUAUGAAGAAAAUCAAUAGAAAAGAAACAAACGUUUAGGUGUAAUUGUAUAACGAGAGUGGCCUGUAUCAGAACUUUUUCACACGACUAAUCGUAUAUUGUAUCAUCAUCGUUUAACAAACUACUUCCAACAGUCACUGUCGAUAAUUAUAUAAAUAUUAAUAAUAGUGAUCAUGAAAAAACGAAUGUUACAUCUCGCUUUGCUAUUUGUCUCCGUGAUAAUGAUAAAAAUGAAUGGUUCGCUAAUUCCGGGAAGACAAAAAAGUACUAUGAUUAAAUAUUGUUCCAGGUUUGAAGUAUGUACAAAAUAAAUGAAAAAGCGUUAGCCUGAAA